AAGAAAAAUAGACUUAGAUCCGAAGUUUGGGAAUUUUUUAAACUCGUUAAGUAUAAGGAUGGUACAACGAAGGGGGUGUGCAAGGCUUGUAAUGUAGGAUAUAAAUAUGAAAGCCAAAGAGGUGGAACCUCAGCCAUGAAAAGGCAUAAGUGCAUUAAACGUCAGUCUAUGGACGUAGGGCAGAUGAUAUUAGCUUCACAAAAUAGCCAGCUGUCUACCCGUGUACGCAAGGUUGAUCAAAUGAAAUUACGGGAUUUGUUCUCAGCUUUACUCAUUGCAAGAAAUGUUCCAUUUGCUUUGGUGGAGUGGAAAGAGUUUAGGGAUAUAUGUGCUUAUUUAAAUGAUGACUUUAAACCAAUAUCAAGGAAUACUGGGAAAGCCGAUGUGGUAAAGAAACAUAAAGCACAAAAAGAAGUUAUUCGCAACAGAUUGAAACUUGCUCCAGGUAGGAUAUGUCUAACAUCAGACAUGUGGACUUCUGUAACAACUACUGGAUAUAUAAGCUUAACUGCGCACUAUCUUGAUAAAGAUUGGGUAUUGCAAAAGAAGCUUCUGAAUUUCUCUCCCCUUCCACCACCUCAUACAGGUGAACACCUUUCUUCUAAGUUAUUUGCAAUGAUAGAAGAUUGGGGAAUUGAAGAAAAGGUAUCCAACAUCACCUUGGAUAAUGCUGCAAAUAACGGAGCUUGUGCUGGAAUUAUGAAGAGUAGACUUGUUGCAAAGAAGAUCUUGUUGAACGAUGGAAAAACUUUCAUGUGCGUUGUUGUGCUCAUAUCUUAGCUCUUAUUGUAAAAGAAGGACUUACGAAGAUUGAUCCAGCCGUGCUUAAGAUUCGAGCGUCAGUGAAGUCCCU